GUAGAAGAAUCCUCAAGGGCGGGAAAAUUCGCCUCCUUAAAAAAAUCGAAAUUAUUAACCGUUUAGGGCUUUUCCCCCGGCGAUGUCGCGGCGAGGCGGUGGACCCGUGACGGUACUGAACGUGGCGGAGAAACCUUCGGUGGCGAAGUCAGUGGCUGGGAUUCUAUCCCGUGGAAGUUACCGGACUCGGGAGGGUAGGUCUCGGUACAACAAAAUCUUCGAGUUCGAUUACGCAAUCAACGGCCAACCGUGCCGUAUGAUGAUGACCUCCGUCAUCGGUCACCUGAUGGAGCUCGAGUUCGCUGAUCGCUUCCGCAAAUGGCACUCCUGCGACCCCGCGGAUCUGUACGAAGCUCCGGUCAUGAAACACGUCCCCGAGGAUAAGAAGGAUAUUAAGAAGACGUUGGAGGAGGAAGCAAGGAGGAGCGAUUGGCUUGUGCUGUGGCUUGAUUGUGAUAGGGAAGGUGAGAACAUUGCAUUUGAAGUUGUGGAUGUUUGUAGAGCUGUGAAACAGAAUCUUUACAUACGGAGGGCUCAUUUCUCUGCGUUAAUUGACAGGGAAAUUCAUGAAGCAGUUCAGAAUCUCAGAGAGCCUAAUCAGUUGUUUGCUCAGGCUGUUGAUGCUAGACAAGAAAUAGACCUACGCAUUGGUGCUUCUUUCACUAGGUUUCAGACUAUGCUUCUGAAAGAUAGGUUCUCAAUUGACUCCACGGGUGAUGAAGAGAGGAGUCGUGUUAUAAGUUAUGGUCCUUGUCAGUUUCCUACACUUGGCUUUAUUGUUGAGAGAUACUGGGAGAUUCAGGCACAUGAACCAGAGGAGUUUUGGACAAUCAACUGUUCUCACGAAUCAUCAGAAGGCCUUGCCACCUUUAAUUGGAUGCGUGGUCAUCUCUUUGAUUAUGCUGCAGCUGCUAUAUUAUAUGAGAUGUGUGUCCUGGAACCUACUGCCACCGUAAUGAAUGUCCCUCAUCCAAGGGAAAAAUUUAAAUACCCUCCUUAUCCGUUGAACACCAUUGAACUUGAAAAACGCGCUUCAAGAUACUUCCGCCUGAGUUCUGAGCAUACCAUGAAG